AAAAAGGCUAUCCGAAGUGGUGGUUGGAGAAUUGCAGCGGAUAGCGUUGUGGUGUUGUGUCGGAAAAUUGCAAAGAUGACGGUGGCAAGCUUGUACUCAGGAAGAGGUUGGUGUAGAGCGGAAAUCCCUGUUCCGUGGAGGUCAAGAUCCAGUUGCAGUGAAAUUAGAAAGCUUUUGAAAUGUGAGAUAAUGGGAAAGGCUGAACGUGAAAGCAAUAUAUUGAAAUCGGUGGGUGUAGUUAGUGUUGGAGUGAGUGUGUUGCAGUUUGUCAGCUAUGUAGAACCCGCGUUGUCUCUGCCGUUGCAGCUCCAUGAACCCCCCAACGCCCUCUCUUUGCCCACGUGGGCCGUUCACGUCUCCAGCGUCGCUGAAUGGAUUAUAGCCAUGGCUUUGGUCUGGCAAUACGGCGAAAAAUCCGGUCAUCAAGCUUGGAAGGGCCUUUCUUGGGGUAUGGUACCUCUUCUUGGUGGAGCACUUUGUGCAUGUACAUGGCAUUUCUUUUAUAACUCUGAGUCCCUCGAGGUAUUGGUGGCACUUCAAGCGGCACUUACCGUUAUUGGUAACUUCACAAUGUGCAUUGCUGCUUACAGGAUAUACAAAUCGUCCAGCGAAGGAUCCAAGAAUUUUUGAAUGAAAAACCUUCCACGAGAUCAAGUAAGCAGAGAAGUCCCCUCUAAAAUGGUUUGAAGAUGUGGUCCAUUCCUUUCAUAAUUCACAUGUCAUUUUUCUUUUCAAAGUAAAGAAAAGGCAUCCCAUCUUGUCUACUCUCUAAAAAGUCCAUGCCACCCCAUAAAGAUAAUGAAAGCAUUCAUAUUGGCUCAUCAGUCACAAGUCAAAGUGUCAAACUUUGAUCAUCCACAUGGACCUAAAGUUGCUCUCUCACUGCUCCCCUAGCUUCAGUACUAAAGUUACAUCAAUUGUGGAUUUGCCCAUUCUUUUAUUUAUUAGCAAAACUUUGACUAAUCUAGCCUCCUCUUAUUGUUAUUAUUAGUUAGUGAUGAUGUUUAAGAUCUUAUUAUUUGAUCACUUGGUUACUUAGAAAACACAUGCAUGCUAGCCAUUGAAUCUCAAAUGG